UAAUAAAUCCUAAAGUACAAAUCCUUCACUAUUAACCAUAUAAUAUUAAUAUUAAACUCAUAUUGCUUAAGGAUCAAUCCUUUCCUAAGGAUUUUUUUGCGUGAAUCCUUGUUGACGUGGCAGUUGAGUUUUGUUUAUCGCGUGAAGGGUUUCCCGUGAGUCUCUUCCAUGGAUUGAUCCUCCUUCUAUCUCUCCCGAUCGUCAUCAUCGCCUACCUCUUCGUCUCCGAAGCUCUCAGUAUCCAAAUCCUCAUCUACAUCUCCUUCGCCGGCAUAAAAAUCCGCGACAUCGAGCUCGUCUCCCGCGCCGUUCUUCCACGGUUCUACGCGGCGGAUGUGAGGAAGGACAGUUUCGAGGUGUUUGAUAAAUGUAAGAGGAAAGUGGUGGUCACUGCUAAUCCCAUAGUGAUGGUUGAGCCCUUCGUUAAGGAUUACUUGGGAGGAGAUAAAGUUUUGGGAACAGAGAUCGAAGUGAAUCCCAAAACGAUGAAAGCCACUGGGUUUGUGAAGAAGCCUGGUGUUCUUGUUGGAGACUUGAAGAGAUUAGCCAUCUUGAAGGAGUUCGGGGAAGAAUCACCGGAUCUUGGCCUCGGUGACCGCACCUCCGAUCAUGAUUUCAUGUCCAUCUGCAAGGUCCUCAAGCUUGCAGAAUAUCUUGAAACCUGGGAGAAGGACGACAAAACGAAGCUUAUACUGAUCAAGGUUUUGAUUUUUGUUGUUGUCCUUGGUCUGAUGAUGAUUUUCGUUACAAACACAAUAGACUCAUUUAUUAACAUAGCUUUAUAUUGGCAGGGUGCAGGGAGAGCUUUCUCAGCCGGUGGUGAUCUAAAGAUGUUUUAUGACGGCCGUGAUUUAAAAGAUUCUUGCCUUGAGGUUGUUUACAGGAUGUACUGGCUCUGCUAUCAUAUCCACACUUACAAGAAGACUCAGGUUUCUCUUGUAAAUGGAAUAUCAAUGGGUGGAGGUGCAUCAUUGAUGGUCCCAAUGAAGUUCUCUGUUGUGACUGAGAAAACUGUAUUUGCAACCCCAGAAGCAAGUAUUGGGUUUCACACUGAUUGUGGCUUCUCCUACAUCCAUUCACGUCUUCCUGGUCAUUUAGGAGAAUUCUUGGCUUUAACUGGGGCAAGAUUGAAUGGCAAAGAACUUGUAGCAGUUGGAAUGGCAACACAUUUUGUUCCUUCUGCUGAUUCCUAA